UUUAAAUAUAGUUAAGCUGCGGUGAAGUUUUCAUUGUGAAUGUUUCCCUCCUGCAGCGGACUGUCGCUGUCCAUGGUGCUGCAGCUGAGACUGCAUCAGCAGUCAUCAUCUGGAGGCUCCCAUUGGCCUCCCAGUAGAACCAGCUGGUGUUUCCCUGCCUCAUGCUGGUCAUUACAGUUCUCGCUCCCAGUCUGGAGUUCUGGUGCCGCUCGGUUCCGACCCUGCUGCCGCUUUAAAGCGAGCAUGCUCCGACGUCAGCUCCGUCUCCAGACAUGUGGCUUCAGCAUCCAAUGGGCUGAUCGGGGCUUUACUCAGCCUCUCCCACACAGGAGAUCCCUGAGGAGAAGACCAGCGUAGACCGGGGUUCGCCACGACUCACGCAGCCCUCACGCAACCCGCCAGAUCCGGUUCGGAGCCAGCAGAUUCCCGUCCUCAGAGCAGAUUCCCGACCAGAACCAUCGCGUUGCAGUCAUGUCUGUGGCGGGACUGAAGAAGCAAUUCCACAAAGCCACUCAGAGAGUGAGCGAGAAAGUCGGAGGAGCAGAAGGAACGAAGCUCGAUGUGGACUUCACUGAAAUGGAAAAGAGGGUGGACACCACCGCUCGAGCCGUGCUGGACAUCAUGACAAAAACCACCGAGUAUCUGCAGCCAAACCCAGCGACCAGAGCCAAGAUGAGCAUGAUGAGCUCAAUGUCCCGUAUCCGGGGUCAGGAGAAGGGGCCGGGCUACACGCAGACCGAGGCCAUCCUGGGAGAGUCCAUGCAGCGGUUCGGCCGGGAGCUCGGAGAGGACUCCAACUUUGGUCUGGUUCUGAACGACGUUGGAGAGGCCAUGCGUGAGCUGGGUGAGGUCAAAGACGCUCUGGACAUGGAGGUGAAGCAGAACUUCAUCGACCCGAUGCAGAACCUUCAUGAAAAAGACCUCAAAGAGAUCCAGCAUCACCUGAAGAAGCUGGAAGGUCGGCGUCUGGACUUUGACUACAAGAAGAAGCGCCAGGCCAAAGUGACGGAGGACGAGCUCAAAGCAGCGCUGGAGAAGUUCGACGACUCCAAGGAAGUCGCAGAGCAGAGCAUGUUCAACCUGCUGGAGAGUGACAUCGAACAGGUGAGCCAGCUGGCGGCGCUGGUCCAUGCUCAGCUGCAGUACCACACCCGGUCCGCUGAGAUCCUCACACAGCUCUCCAGCAAGAUCGACGAACGGAUAAGAGAUACCGCCGUCAAACCGAGGAAAGAGUUCGUACCGAAGCCUCGUACGUCUCUGGACUUCAGCAUCAGUGAGAACCACAAUGGAGGGCUCCACGGCGCUCGCUCUCCAGGUGCCAGGUCUCCAGCCAGGUCUCCAGCAAGAUCUCCAGCCAGGUCUCCAGCCCCGUUGGACCAGCCCUGCUGCCGCGCUUUGUACGACUUCGACCCUGAGAACGAAGGUGAGCUAGGCUUCAAGGAGGGCGACAUCAUCACCCUGACCAAUAAGAUCGACGAGAAUUGGUACGAGGGAAUGCUGCAAGGCAACUCGGGCUUUUUCCCCAUCAACUACGUGGAUAUCUUGGUGCCGCUACCCCAGUAAGACGUCAAGACUAACCAACUGUGUCUGCAAUGAAUCCCGGCCUCCAGUUCCAGUGUUUCCACUAACCUUUUCCCAAACAUUCCUACUAACACAACCUUCACUUUUUCCGUUAUGGCGUCAAAAAGCAAUGACACAAAAUAAAUAGAUGUGAAGAAGAUUGACCAAAGUGCAGGGAUGCACUAAAUAUGUGUGGAAACUUUUACUGAAAUCGGUGUGGGGAAAAAAAAAAAACCCAGCAUUGACGUAACUUCUUCUCUGUCUCACUUAAGGUACUUUCAAGCUUCUAUAGUCAUUUUUGCAUUUCGUCUCUGUUGUAGUCAGCUGUCAGUCCAUUAUUAGUUUACUAGAACAGCUUUACUGAUUCACGCUUUUUCUCAGUCUUUGUAUUUUAGAAGGUAGAAGCUUUUCUCUCACGUUCAGCAGACAAGACAAACGAGUCAACAUGCUUUUUGUUCAGCAUGAAGCUCAAAUCAUUUCAACAAAAAUCAUGUGGUAGGUUUUUUCCUCCUUUUAAUAGUGGUCACUCUCUGACAUUUUCAGUCAUUUUCUUAAGAUAUUCAUGCAAAGAAUGAUUUGAUUCAGAUCAGUUUUAGCCAAAAUUACAGACAUGUUUGUCAGACGGUCCUUUAUUUUUCACGCAGCAAAGCAUUGUGGAAGGACAAACGUCUGCAUGUUUGAUGCAAUAUGGUGAAGGUUUUUACCUCUUAAGGAGUCAUAACAUAUUAACAUCUUUUAUGGUUUCUCAUUUUUUCACUAAUCCACAAAAUAUAUGGUUGAAGCAUUAAGUCCUUAAAUAUAUGUCCCAGUAGAAAACAUAGUUCAUGUAUUGUGACUCAAUACCUUAAAAGUCUUAAAGUGAGAGUUGGAUUUUUAUUGUGGGGUUCUGUAGAGUUGUCAUUGGCAGUUAGUAUCUUACUUGACAGUUUGGAGAACCAGUUUGGAGAUUAUAGCUGACAGGGUUACUAGGAUUUUAUUGUAAAUUUAAGUUGUCUUAACACUACUUCAAAACUCCUUCACAGCAGAAUAGGAAGGAAGUUUUUAUAAACAAUUCUACGGAGCAAGCUCAUUUUUUGCUUAGCGCUUUAGCACUUUUGCUAACUUUGAAAGCUGACUUUGCUGCCCCUAAAUUAACUUUUCCAGAUCAAUUCUAAAGUGAUAAUUUACUUUGCUGUUUUAUAAACUCUCAGUUGAGUAAAGUUUGACAUCUGUGUUGAAGUUUUGGUUUUCAAAUGUAAGAAUUAUUCAGGUAGUUAGAUGUUUAUAUUCCUGCUCUUAUUCUGAAGUAGGGGAAGACUAUUCUGUUUCCUCUUCUGUUAUGCGGUGCAGCAAAUGUUGUUUAUUCUGCACCCAGAAUGCAUCACUGUACAAUACAGUUUGAAAUCUACUUUUGUCCUAUGUAGAUUAGGCUAAAUCAGCACUACUUAGCAAAACUCAACAACAAAACUGAAACAUGAGUGACAGGUCUCUUCCAAAGAAACACUUCCUGAAUCGCAGCCGCACAGAUAUGUGUGUAAUGACAACUUUACCCUGCUGAAGGUGAUAUGCCAUGUUGUAAAACAUGUUGUGUCAAUAUCUGUCUCAAUAUGGUUGAAUUUAGCACAUUAUCAUUAGCUUAUGCUAUGCUUCAUGUUGGUUUAUCAUUAGAGAAACGAAUAAUUAUGAUCAGAGCUUUCAGGGUCUAGAAUGGUUGAACUGAAGUCGAACUGUUGAUGUGCGGUUAAAUAGUUUCGUGACGUUUGUUUUCACAAACACAUUUAUUUUUUUAAAAGGUUUUAUUGGCCUUUAUUUGAUAGUUAAUUGACAGGAAAGUGGGUAAUGUAUUGAAAGAAGGGGAAGACGUGGCAAGGGUCGCCAGACCGGGAAUUGAACCUGCGACAGCCGAGUCGAGGACCAAGGCCUCCAUAUGUGGGUUGUGCUUAACCCCUACGCCACCACAGCGCAACCCUCACAAACACCUUUAACAGAACACACCGAGUCAAGCUCCACCAUUAGCAUAAAAUUCAAACUACACUUGAAAAAAAGAGAAUGGAACAUCAACUUAAAUAAAAUUGAGCCAAUUUUACUUCAUCUUACUUCACUUACCUUUGUUUUACAUGAUAAUUUAGUGAACUUAAUAUGUUUGCCUGGAUAAUCUUAAUUUGAUUACUUUAAACAAAUUUACUCCAUUUUUUUAAGUUGGAUUGCCUAUUUUCAUUUUGCAGUUUAGUGUUCGGUGCAAGCGAUUCAUUAAUUCCACAUAAUAGAUGGUUUAAACAACCGUUUAAUGUGGAAGUGACGACAGUUUAAGAUUUAUGAAAUGAAGUUUGCAUCAAUUAAAUUUCUGAAUCUGGGUGUUUUUUAAGAUGGCAGAAAUCCUCUCUGAAUUGCCCAUCACUCUAAUCUGAAGAUAAAAUACUGACCUCUCAAUACUGCUAGCAAAACCUCACUUUAAAAACUCCAAACUAUCAUUAUUUAACUGUUCUUUGGAGCAAUAGUUUAAUCUGCAGACGCAGGCGUCGUUUUGCCUAUUAGUCCAAUAAUUACCCUCUAGUUAACUUGUAGAAAACACUAAGAGGAGACUAAAUGUGAAUAUUUCCAGGAGCACAAGAAAAUGUGCAAAUAGAGGAGUAGACUGAGAAUUAAUUUAUAUUUAUUGAAGUGAUAAUAAUAAAAGUUUUAUUUUCCCAUAUCUCAACAGAGCGCAACGUUUGUUAAAUUUAAAAAGUCACGGUUCUUUGUUUUCAUCAGCUUGACGCAGCGGUGCACACAUCAUCUCUAAGGCUUUCUACUCUUCUACGUUGACGAUGCAUUAAAUUUCUGCAGAUGUUUUCAGCGUAUUAAUGUUGAUGCAUGUAAUUUUAGGGGGAAGUGUGUGUAUUUGGGUUUGCAUAUGGCUCAUGUUCUGCACAGAAACAAGUAAAGAGAACCUCUGCUGCUAAUGAGCACCGUUUCUGACAGUGUUUAGCUUAAAAACAAUAAUGGAGGAAUCAGUUUACUACAUUCAGCAGCGCUACAAUAAAUGAUGCAAAAUCAACUAUAUAUAAAAAAGUGUUACUUUUAAGUCAAAGGGAAGCACAAUUUUUUGUUGGCUGGUGAAAAAUAGUGCUGCAGUUUGAAGAGGUUGUGUAUUUAUUCAUUUUUUAAGCUAAAUUAUUUCCUUCUUUCUCUCUCACUUUUUUUAAAGAUUUCUGUGUAUCUUUGCCCUCAAUGAGGACUGUACAGCUUUUUCUGUGUUUUGUUUUCACCUUGUGUGUAUAGUCAUGCAUCUUCAGUAACGUAUUUUAUUUUUGUAACUGUGUCAAAAGUAUUCACAAACAGUAUAGAUGUGUAUAUAUAUAUACAGUAUAUAAUGCAGAAGUGAUGUUACAAGUUGAGAGUGAGGCGGGUGGGGUUUUCUGUGCUGCACAUGAUUGUCUUUGAAAUAUUUUCGUGUUUUGUUUGUGUUUUUGUUCUGUUCUUGCACUGGAUUCUAUGACUGUACGCUUGAUGUAAAGAUAAGAAAUGUGAUGAGUCAAUGUAAUUUAUUCAAAUAAAUACCAAGAAAUGGUUAUUCCCUAA